GAGUGUUCUCUUUGGUUUUGGUGCUUUGAAGAGACGAAAGUUGAGAUUUUUAGAGGAAAAAAUAGUGGAAAAGGGGGCGAGAGAUCGAUUGAUGGUGCUGUGGAGGUCGGUGAUGGUGUGUGGAAGGGUGGAGGUCUGAGGAGAGGAGGAGGAGUUGUGUUGUUUUUGGUGUUUUUUUGGGGAUUUUUUGUGAGAAUUUGGGUUUUUGUUGACGAGUUUUUGUGGAGAUUCAUGGGGUUGAGGUGAAGAUAAGGUGAGGAUUUUGAUUGGAUUGGAGUUGGGGGUUGAGUUUCGUGGUGAUUUCUUGGGGUUUUGAGCUGGAGAGGAAUCGGGGGUUAGGGUUCAUUGGAGCGUAGUGGAGUUUUCUAUUUGUGAUUUGGAGAUUAGGGUUGGGAUUUUCUGGAGGAGUUGGAGCUUUUUCAGCUGCUCUAAUGGCGAAGAGGAGAAGACGCGGUGGUUUAGCUGAAAUCGAGCUCUAGAUCGGUGUUAAAUCCUUGAAGAAAGGUACGAUAAAAAAAUUCGAUCUUUUGGUGCUUUUGCUUGGUGUGAUUCAGUGAUGUACGGCUCACCAGCGUCAUCGAGAGAUCUCAACCUCACGUUCCCCUCGGGAUCCGAACUCCAGCGCCGCCAGAUGGGUCCCGGCGGUCCUGGUGGUCUUCUCCGGUACCGGUCGGCGCCGAGCUCCCUUCUAGGUGAGGCCGUCGAUGACUUUCUCCCAGCUGCCCGCCCUUCUAGCCCCGACUCCAUGCUUGCUCGCUUCCUCUCCCCCGAUCUCCAUCACCAGGACAAGCCCCAUCCCCAAUCUCAUCCCGCCGGGUCGAUUCCAGCCUCCGGUCCGAUGGAACACGCCGGCGGUGCUGACGUGGUGGUAUCACAGCAGCAACAGCAACAACAACAGCAGCAGCAGCGGCAGCAACCGAUGUACUAUGGGUCUCAUGGCGGCGUUGAGAACUGCUCCAAUCUUGUGAGGCAGAGCAGCUCCCCUGCUGGUCUUUUCUCUCACUUGAACGUAGACAAUGGUUAUAAUGUGAUGAGGAGCAUGGGAGAAGGAGGGUUACAGCAAAACAGAUUGAAUCAUCAGAUAAGUUUUUCGUCGAGGCAGGGUUCUAUAAUGUCGCAGAUAUCCGAGAUGGGGAGUGAAAGCAUGGGCGGAAGUAGCCCGGAGGAGAGUAAUCUUGGAAGUGGCAAUGGUGGUGGCCGAUGUUAUAUCCCCGGGUAUCCUGUUGGCACUUGGGAUGAUAACGCUAUGCUUACCGACAACUUCUCUGGUCUCAAGAGAACCCGGGAAGCUGACGGGAAGAUUAUCGCUGGAUUAAACCAAUCAGAACCUCAGAAUGGAGGUCUUCGAAGUCAUGUUUCUGGAUUGACGCAUCAAUAUAGUUUGCCAAAGACCUCGUCGGAGAUGGCUGCUAUGGAAAAGUUUCUCCAAUUCCAAGACGCGGUACCAUGUAAAAUACGGGCUAAGCGAGGAUGUGCCACUCAUCCCCGGAGUAUCGCCGAGAGGGUGCGAAGAACUCGGAUUAGCGAAAGGAUGAGGAAAUUGCAAGAACUCGUCCCUAACAUGGACAAGCAAACAAACACUGCUGACAUGUUAGAUUUGGCGGUCGAAUACAUAAAAGAUCUCCAGAAACAGGUCAAGACGAUAUCAGAAAGCCGAUCAAGCUGCACUUGUUCUGCUAGCAAGCAGAAAACCUAUCCAAAUCCAUCAAAUUGAAGAAGACAAGACGACGACGACGAAGAAGAAGAGGGAUGAUAUCUUCGAGUACCGUAUACACUUCCCGUCAUAAGAAAUGGGAGCUUUCUUAUGCCCCAUCUCAAGCACUCUAGUGAGCAAAGAAAUGUAUAGCAUUGUGAUAACUAUUAGAUAUAUAUAUAUAUAUAUAUACCAACUUGUUGUAUGUAGUUCUCUACCAUGUAUUACUAGUAACUAGUUAGAAUUGUCUCACUGUGUUAUUAUUACUUGAGAUGUUUAGGUCAGUGAUGCAAACAAAACUCUCUUUCCUUUUUAUUAAUGAGAAAGGGAGAUGAAAUGUAGCUG